CACAUGAUUCCGUCAUUUCCGGCGCACCCACCGACGUCGCUAAGAUCUAGUUGUGUUUUUCCGGGUAAACACGAUUAACUGUUAAAAAAAAACCUACAGAGGAGUAAGAGGAAAAAGCGGUGAACCAAAUUAAACUGAACAGUUGCAGACAUCGGAGCCCGAAGAAAGAUUCCGGACAGAGUGAUAAUAUUUUGGAUCUGUUUGAAAGGGAGGAGACCCACAUCUUUCGUGUUAAUCGCCUUUUUCGAUCAGCAUCGCUUCAGCUAUGACCGGGGGAGUUACUGGUGGUCCCGCCCUGGCGGCGAAGAGCUGGCCCCGCUGGCUCCUCUUCUGCCUGCAGCUGAGCCUCGGCAUUCCCGCUUUGGUACACGCAAGUUGCCCUAGACCUGAAUCCAGUGCAGAUAUGGUCUUGGCUGGGGAAGCCCUUCUUAAGAAUGAUUUCCCUGAGGGGUCAACUGCUACCUUUCAGUGCAGUGUUGGUUAUGUGCGGGAUAGUGGCCAGCCAGACAUCACCUGCAACGAAGGAAAAUGGACCGAAGUAACCCUGAAAUGCAAAAAAAAAUCCUGUGGUUCACCUGGGGAGGUGCAGAACGGGAGAUUUGAUUUUACUAAUGGGAUUGAAUUUGGUGCCGUAAUCAAAGCAUUUUGUAAUGAAGGCUACGAGAUUGUAGGUCAGGAUUAUAGACAGUGUCUUGAUAAAGGCUGGACUGGAAGAAUUCCUACAUGUGAAGUGGUACAGUGUGAAGAGCCUCCUGAAAUCCCGAAUGGAAAGAUUGUAUCAAAACCCCACAGUGAAUUCCCACAGUAUCGGGAUAUCAUUCAAUACGAAUGCAAUGCUGGCUACACGCUUUUUGGGAAAAUGAAUAUAAUGUGUAAUGCAACUGGGGAAUAUGAACCACAAGCUCCGGCAUGCAGCAAAGGUAUCAUUUGUGAAACUCCUAAGGUUCCCAAUGGCCACCGGAUUGCUGGAGCCCCGCCACCUUAUAAAUUAGACUAUUUUGUCACAUUUGCGUGCAACAAUGGCUAUGAAAUGGACGGCAGGCCAGAAAUGACAUGUACAGUAGAAGGCUGGUCACACGGGCCAACCUGUAAUCCAGUGACGCCUCUCUUUCCAACUGCUGGUCCGACAAAAGAUCCAGAUGAAGACCGGGACGCCAAAAAGCAUGAAACUCACUGGGAAAUCAUUGUGACAGUUGUUGCUGUUCUUAUUGCUGUUGCUGUUGGUCUUUGUUGUUGUUGGGUCUACUUCUCCCGCAAGAAAAAGGGUGAUUACUACACCAGAGAGGAAGACCUCAAGGCUGUGACAACUUAUUAGGGUUUGUUCUCAGAUUCUUGCUCAAGGACAGCAGCUUAUAACCGGACUGCUCCCGCUCCUUAAGGUCAUCCUCACUUUAAGAGAUGACCAUCAAGUCUCACCCAGCUGCCACGGCGGCCCCAGCUUUCACUGUGCAGCCUCCUGUUUUCUCGCUUGACGUGUUACACAGCGGACUCACCCCGGUAGAAGCUUCCCAAGCUAAUACAGCCAUUUAGACAUACUGGAGCUGUUUUUGAUUGGUUACAAACCAGCCGGACGUCUUAUUAAUGACCAGAUGUGGAUAGUUCAGGUCCAGAAACUAAAAAAUACAGACCAAGAUUUUAUUUCAACCAACCAGUUGAGUAUAAAGAGUCACAGUCACAGAGUACUCAGCUGGUUGGUUGAAACAAAAUCUUGGUCUGGAUUUUUACUUUGUGGACCUGAACUAUCCAUCUGUUAAUGAUACAGUAUUGUGUCGUGCCACAGGACAUUAGUUAAUUAGGUUUUUAAAUAAAAUGUUAAUAUCACUAAGGCACUUAGAAUUUAGAAUUUAAUAAUGAUGUACAUAUGACAUUGAGCUUUCUGAUUUUGCUGGUUGUGUGCAUGUCUCAUUUCUGCCGGAAGGCUCAGCAAGUCUGCCUUGUGUAACACAGAAACAACGUCCUUCAGGAGUAAACCGGCCUCCCUAAUGGAAGUGCGCUAAAGCAGCUUUUUCAGACGGAAUGUGACGUGCCUUUCGUGCCCUGAAAGCGGGGCUCCCGUCAUUCCUAUCCGUACGCGCCAUGAUACUUGCUUGCCUAGUGGCUACGAGCAGAGAGCGAUUUGCUGCCUUAAAGUUUGGUCGGGUGCUUUCUGUGUGUCCCUUGUGCUCGUUGCUCUGACAGACUUUAAAUUUACAUACUAAGGGUGGGGGUUGACAUGUCCCCACCCUCUUUAACACAACUGCUAUGUGUAAUUACAUCACCGUCUAAUCUUUGUCCUGUCUUGCCUAUACUGCGUGCUUGCGUGGGUGUGUGCGUGCGUGCGUGCUUGUGUGCAUGUGUGCGUGUGGCUGGGUAUAUUUAUCGAUUUAAGGUGCAUACAUGGUUGUAAUCUUUAACCACUACUUAAUUGUUUCCACGACUUGUCCUCUGUUAUUACUGUAAAUAUUCUGGGAAAAAUGCUUCUCUGAAAACCAUCACAUCGCCCAAAGUUUGCUUGUAAAUGUUUUGAUUUUAUAUACAAUAGGCUAAUGUACCUAACAAGUUAUUUAUGAAAGGAAUUGCUCGUACAUCGCAGUGGAAUAGAAAAGUGUCAGGCCUGGGAUUAAUGCUGUAUUCCCACUGCCUAUGCCUUUCAUGUAUUCAAUAAAUGAAGGGCUUUCUCAGUU